CACGAUAAGAAACCAACGGUGCCGAUGAAACCUAAAAUAAAAAUCCCCAAAUUCCUCUUUCUUUCGAAUCUCUCAAUCUCAGUCGUCGUCUCGUCUCCUCCACAAUUUCUCCACCCUCCGAUCAACUGCUCGCGCCAAAAAAUACAAAUAAAUCUCCACAGGGUUUUGUCCCGAAUCUCGAUGGCGGAAGGUCAGGGAGCGCCGGGGAGCCCCGCAGGCGGCAGCAACGAGAGCGGCGGCGACCAGAGCCCGCGAUCCGGCGUCCGCGAGCAGGACAGGUUCCUGCCGAUCGCGAAUAUCAGCCGGAUCAUGAAGAAGGGGGUCCCGGCCAACGGGAAGAUCGCCAAGGAUGCCAAGGAGACCGUUCAGGAAUGCGUGUCGGAGUUCAUUAGCUUCAUCACUAGCGAGGCAAGUGAUAAGUGCCAGAGAGAGAAGAGAAAGACUAUCAAUGGUGAUGAUUUGCUAUGGGCAAUGGCGACACUAGGUUUCGAGGACUACAUUGAUCCGCUCAAGGCGUACCUCACUAGGUACAGAGAGGGUGACACUAAGGGAUCUGCUAAGGCUGCAGAUGGAUCUUCCAAGAAGGAUUGUCCUAAUCCUAGCUCACAGCCACAAGCUCAACAUAUGAUGGUCCCAAUGCCAGGCAUGGACUAGAGGUAUCUCCAUUUCAUCUUUGUUGAGAGGGGGAAAAGUUUAAGAUGUAACAUUAUGUUGUUAACUUAUUUUGAAACCCUUUUGAGCAGAUUUUUUGUUUUUGUUUUUUUUGUUUUUUUGUAUAUUU